UGGAAUCAGACCUGCGAUUAAUGUGGGUAUUUCGGUUUCCAGAGUUGGAUCUGUGGCUCAAAUUAAAGCCAUGAAACAAGUAGCUGGUAAAUUAAAAUUGGAAUUGGCGCAAUUUUCGGAAUUAGAAGAUUUUGCACAAUUUGCUUCUGAUCUCGAUAAAGCUACUCAAAAUCAAUUGGCAAGAGGUCAAUGAUUACGCGAAUUACUUAAACAAUCCCAAUCAGCUCCUCUCACUGUGGAAGAACAGAUAAUAACUAUUUAUACCGGAACAAAUGGU